AUGUUAGGAUCUCGAUUCUUGAAGAAAGUCCGAGAGAUUGCCGGCACCAAGGACAUUGAAGGCACCGUUCAUCGCGCACUAACAGCUCCUGAUGCCGACGCCACCGAGCUUUUCGCCACGUUUCGGUCUACCGUUGAUCGAGAUGAGAUUAUCGACGUGAUUGUCCAACAAUCAAUCGCUCAUUCUGCAAUCUGCAAAAAGCUGACUUCCGGGCACCUGGAAUUCCUCGUUGAACAUUACCGCCUACUCGCUGUCGGCUCAGCAUCAACGCUUUUGAAGAAGCUGGCGGAGAAGGCGACAACAACGUCUGACGGUCUACGCAACAUCAUAUUUCUGAUCAACCACGCGAUCCAGCAUAUGAAUGUUAUUGGAUCCGAAAAAUUGUGCCACUUCAUCCUCGACUAUCUGCCCUCGACGAUCAAUUCACUUCGGUCUACUGCCAAAGGCCUGAUUUAUCCCUUGCUCCAAACCUACUUUGACGUGUAUAUUUUCUUGCACAAAGAUUUGGCUUCGUCACGAAAUGACUUUGGCUCAGGAUUGGUUGAUUUUGAGAGUGAUCCAUUCUUCACUUUGCUCAUUGAGUGUCUUUCGACAAAGGCGGCUUCAAAGCACCCAGCGCUCCCCGAUGUGCCUUCAAAUGACGUCGAUUGGGAUAUGAACGCCCAGGCCACGAUGAGCCGCUACAUUUUGCGACAUGCUACCUCAAUCCGCUACCAACAAAAUUUUGCAGAGAAACUGGUGUUCGCCAUUAAAACUUUUUUGGCUUUUGACAAGGUGGAUGAACUCGAAGAAUCUAUCGCCGAAUCAAACCUUAUUUUGCGAAGCGAUGUCGAAUCUUUCUGGGAUCCGCUAUCCACGGCGUUGGUUUCUGUCCUGGGAGCCAGCUUUGAGAAUGAGGGGACGGAUAGCGAACCAGUGAAGAAAAAGCGUAAGAAGGGAAUUGAAGCCGUGUCUGUGGAUCACUCGUCUUUGAAACGGUUGUUCACCUGUGUAGAUGCUCGGGAGAUGACGGCAGAUAAAUUUGCCGCUAUGAUUAGCUUGGUUAUCCGCGGGACGAAGUCGCCAGAUAAUUCGUUGUCCAUCGUAUCGUGGGAUAUUCUAUAUUCGCUGAUCGUCGAACAAUCGACGGAUGUGGCCGUGAAGCUGACAACCCUUCCGAAUGAGGAGAUCACGACUGCUCUUCUGGAUGCCCCAUCAUUUCCAGAGGGCGCCGAGUUGUUCAAGAUCUAUUCUCUUAUCUGGCGUAUAUUCGCAUUCAACCAAAAGCUCCUGAAGAAGCUACGGAAAGCCGAACCCUCCGCCGAAACCCGCGACUUAUUUACGGUGGCGAAGCUGCGGCUGGCAUCCAGCGGGGCCUUCAGUAUAUCACAGAUUUCGGCCGAAGAUGUUACGCAUUUGGUGAAAGCGACUUUUGAUGGAGAGGGGCGGCAGUUAGGAACUUGCCUGCUCGAUGCUCUUGUUUCGUGGAAUAGGGACAAUGUGAAUGAGGCCAUCGAAUUGAACGUCAUCGAUUCAAAGAGGCGAAAGAAAUUGGCUGACUUUGCCUUCAAUAGCAUCACGGACCAUGCCGCGACGUCCUCACAGAAGUCGAUUGCCCUCGAGUUUUUCAAGUUGCGCGCCGCCACGUUCUUGAAGGAGUCGAGCAAGAUCGAGAAGGCACACAUUGAACGGCUGCUCGAUUGGGAGAUCCUGGCGGCGAUUGAGCCGCAUCUGGUGGCCACGAUUGUUGAGAAGGCUCAGCCACCUGAUCUCGUCAAGCUCAUCGAUUCUUACCCAAUUACAAGCAACAAUUCGAAGCUCUUACUUGCCCUUGACGCUGUUCUGUGCCCGAAGUUGCAGAAAUUCGUGGACCCGAUUGUCGAAAAGCUCCGAACAAUACUCUCGAACUCUUGUGAAAUGGAGGAAUCGAUUCAGUUGUCUGCUACCAUCCUUCAGAACCUAUGUGCCCCAAAGAAUGCCAUCAACGAUUUGGUCGGCCUAAUGACGAGCUUGGUUUUGAAUCUGCUAACGCUGCCCGGCCAGAAACUCUCGGAGAACAGCUAUGCCCUGGUCCACUGCGGCAAACUGCUUAGUUCGUUACUCCGAGCCGCUCCCCACAAAAUUCUGCAUGAUCGUUGCGCAACGUACAUUGGACUGUUCGGCUUGUAUUUGCAAAAGGUGACAUCGUUUGUCGAAAAAACCCUGGCGAUGGCCAGAUUCCACAACUUCGCGAUAGUUGUGAAGCGAAUUGUGGGAGGAAUCUCGACAUAUGAGGAAUUUUUCGAAAUGACUAUUCCCGGAACGCUGGCAUCCACGGUCCUCGGCUGGGAACAUUUACCGUUGACGUUCAUUAGACUUACAUCAAUCAUGCGCCCGAAACUAUCUGCUUGCUUGGCAACCAACCUGCCUCCAAGCGAGAAACGCGCUUUUUCACGUUUGAUGGAAAAUGUGAAACGAGCCAACAAGAAAACGUCU